AUGUAUCCUUCACUUCAAGCACAUCAAAAAGAACUUUGGCGAAGAUCCUAUCCAACUACAGUUGGUUUUCUUUUGUCAAUAUUUCAAAUGUUUCUUACUCAUGUCAUUUUGGGUUGUGAAAUAGUUACUUUAUUUUUCCAUUUUCCUCGAAUGAAUAUUUUUCUUGGCUAUUGGACAUAUCCAUUCUUUAUGUGUGCAUGGAUAUCAUUAGCAGGCGCAAGUUGUUGUUGUCGAAUUCGUUGUUGUGGAAUAGCAACAAUGGUUUUUCAAUGUUUUGCAAUGGUCAUGGCAUCAUCUGUAAUUGUUCUGGAUUCAUAUUUUUUAGCCUAUCCUCUUCAAUGCUUUUUUUCAUCAAAUUGCAGUUAUUCAACUUAUGUCUAUAGUGAUCUUUGGAAUCUAAAUACUUUAUAUGCAAUUCGAGUUCCAGUCAUUCGAGGUCAAUUAUCAGCUGGUGUAUUAAUGUUAGUUUCAUGCUUUAUUUAUAUUAUUAUUUAUGUGAAGACAAAUUCUCGAGUAUCAACAGGAGUUACAGUUCAAAAUGAUCCAAUUAUUCCAAUGAAUACAAUUCCUACAAUAACAGAUUAUAGUCGUCCUGUGAUGGUUUCCUCUUAUAUUCAUCCAUCAAAUAGAAAUUCUAUUAAUAAUAAUUUAAUACUGCCCAACAAUACACUUCUUGCAAAUCCAAUCAAUCUAUUUACCUGUUCUUCAUGUAACUCAACAUAUCAAGUUUCUUUUACAUUAAAAGUCUAG